AUGUCGCCUAGACGGCGACGACCUACAUCGUCGUUGUCGUCCAGCUCGUCCGCAGUAGUGUCCGUGGCAGCCAUUGAGUCUGCCGAGCUGUGUUUUGCUAGGGGAAUAAAGUCACAUUGCGAAGCGCUAAUACAUCUUCAGCGACCAACAAAGUCGAAUCGCGAUGACGGCGAGUGCGAUGAUUCAGUCAACCGCCAAAUGCGCCGCCACACAGGUUGGCGUGACUUGGCCCUCUCGUUGUUUCGCUCUUCCCCUCCGCCUGUUUCGCUCUUCCCCUCCGCCCGUUUCGCUCUUCCCCUCCGCCCGUUUCUUUUUUCCGCUCAGGCGGCGCUGCUUGCGGGCGAGCCCGUUCUCAGAGGCGCCACGUCAGCACCGGCGUCUCUCUCGCCCGCCACGUGGCUGCCGCUAGGCCGGUCCGGACCCACUCCUGGAGCGCCACGUGUGGUCAGGACAGCGGGGUUUAGACCAGGAGCGGCGGUGGCGGCGGCAGCGGGAGGAAGGGGCACGAGCAAGGGGGGGGACAGAGUGUCGUCCUCUGCCGUCCAGCAGCAGGUGCUGCUGGCGUCAGUGUCCCAGUCCACGUCAGCACCACCUCCCGUGCGACCAUCCCAGCCGUCCUCUUACCCGGGCACGCCUCUCAUGUGGGUGGGCGUGGGCGUGGCUCUCUCGCUCUUCGCCUCGUGGGGCUCCAAGUUCGUCAUGCAGCGCAUGCAGCAAGCCAUGAUGAAGCAGAUGCUCAGUGCCAUGCAAUCUGGAGGCGGCGGCCCGGGCGGCGCGGCCAAUCCGUUUGCGGCAGCUGGCAUGGGCGGCGGCGCCAACCCGUUUCCGGGCAUGGGCGGCGGAGGAGCAGCAAACCCCUUCGGUGGCAUGCCCUUCCCCCCACCACCACCAGCAGCAUCACCAUCAUCAUCACCCUCCUCCUCCUCGUCUUCCCCCUCCUCUGGGUCCUCCAAGGCCAAGUCCUCCUCCACAGCCUCCAAGGCGUCUGCAGUGGUGGACGUGGCAGCACAAGUCUCAGACGCCAAGCCCGCAGCUGCCGCUGCUGCAGCACCCUCUUCUGCCACCACCAGCCCUUCCAGCAGCAGCAGCGCUUCUUCGUCGUCAGCAGCAUCCUCGGCUCCUGCAGAGGAGGCGGAGAGCAGCAGCAAGAAGAAGAGCUUCUUUCAAGAUGCUGAGCUGGUGGAGGAGCCAUCCGGGGGAGGCUUCUCCUGGGGGAACACGGGCAGUAGCACGGGCAGCAGCGGCAGCAAUGCAUCUAAUGCCACUUGGGAUACGUCCACCAACUCAUUUGCCAACGGAGGAGGUGGUGGCGGGGCUAAGGGCAAGAUGACAGUGGAGGCGCUGGAGAAGAUGCUCGAGGACCCCAUGGUGCAGAAGAUGGUUUUCCCGUAUCUGCCAGAGGAGAUGAGAGACCCGGCCACCUUCAAGUGGAUGAUGCAGAGCCCCAUGUACCGCCAGCAGCUAGAGAGCAUGCUCGACAACAUGGGCGGCACGGGCUUUGAUGACAGAGUCCUGGACAUGAUGAAGAGCUUCGACCUCAACAGCCCCGAAGUGAAGGACCAGUUCUCCCAGCUGGGCAUGUCACCAGAGGACGUGGUGGGUAAGAUCAUGUCCAACCCGAAGCUCGCAGCUGCCUUCCAGAACCCCCGCCUGCAGGCCGCCAUCCUCGAUGUGAGUCCUUUAGUCUUUGGACAUGAGAUGGCCUUUCAGGCGUCUCAAAUGUCACCACUUUAG